AUGAGACCACCUUCGAACUCCGAUUAUAUCAAUCUUCUGGGUCUACAAAAUCUGCACUCCGCCAAAAUCGAACCUUUCCUCUCUGAGAUACCAUCGUUUAUGAUCAAUCUUCUGGGGGCAAAGGAGAAGGAACAAAGAAGCGGAGAAGCUCGUGGAUUCAGCGUGGUUCUCCAUCUUCAAGCUGGUUUUCUUCUCUCUGGAAGGUUCCAACUACAUUUAGGGGGUUGGAGCGAUCUUAAAGGAAUUCUUUCUUAUUUCUGGGUUGAUUUGGAAAGGAUUGCUAAGGAUACUCAUGGCUAUGUUGGGGCUGAUCUUGCUGCUUUAUGCACUGAAGCUGCUCUCCAGUGUAUCCGUGAAAAGAUGGACAUAAUUGAUCUAGAAGAUGAAUCAAUUGAUGCUGAGAUUCUCAAUUCUAUGUCUGUUACAAAUGAACACUUUAAGACUGCUUUGGGAUCUAGUAACCCAUCUGCCCUCCGUGAAACUGUUGUUGAAGUACCAAAUGUCAGCUGGGAUGAUAUUGGUGGGCUGGAAAAUGUCAAGAGGGAACUGCAAGAGGUAGUUUGCUGGAUAUGUUUGAGGUUUUAUGUCCACCAAGUGUGAUUUUUUCUUUCUGAUGGUGAUAUUCUAGGACUUCUACAGCAUG